AUGUCGAAGGCUAAGGGAGACGUUAGAAACAGAAAAUUGAAGCGCAAGAUGGCAGAAGAGUCCACCAUGACAGAAGAGGACACGGCAGAACAAUUACUGUGCCUAAGAUAUGGAAAAAGCACCAACACCACCAUGAACUUGCCCUCCUCAAUGUUCAAUACACAUACAAAAUCACCGAGAGUCUUGCUCACAAGGGAUUCAAGUUCUUCUCCCACCAAUGACCAAGUUCAAGAAGAGACUCAGUUCUCGUGCAAAUUUUGUGAAAAGAAGUUUCUCAAUGCUCAAGGACUCGGGGGCCAUCAGAAGGCUCACAAGAGGGAGCGAAUCUUCUUCAAUGCGAAAAAAGAGCUAGAGAAGAACCCUUUAGGGUUUAGACCCACAAAUUUUCAAUUUUAUCUAAAUUCAUUUUCACCUAUGCCAAAUGGUACUCCCAUGCAAUCGACACCCUUUUCUUGUAAUCUUGCACCACCCACAGUUGGUUAUGGCACUAACAAUGGAAUUCCAAGUUCUUGGGGUGUAUGGAGAUUAUUGAACACCGAAAGUGUAGGGCUAUGCUUGCAGAAUCCUUCACUUUCUGAGAGUGCAGCAAAACCUUCCGUUGAUGGUUCUUUUUCUCGCGUUGGUGCUGCUUUUGGUGGUCUUCGGAGAAUUCCAACUAUCGCAGCAACAGAUUCACCUUCAGCAGAUUUGGACUUGUCGCUAAAACUUUGA